AUGAGAAUUAUGACCCUUCCUAUCCUGACCAGCCUGUGGUGGAUCUCUACUUUCCGGUAUGGGCUAGCCUCCCUGCCUUCCGGUCCAAGCCGGCCUUCGUUUGGGUUGAAGGAUGGCUCAGCCAAUGAGGCCACUUCAACCCUAACAUAUGGCCAGAUGAAUGACUCAGUGCAAUGCAUUGCUUCUCAACUGCUCAUCCCACUCCAAAGAGGUGACGCCGUUGUCAUCCUAUGCUCGCCAGGCCUCGAGCUCGUUGAGACCAUUUUCGGGUGCCAACGAGCCGGCCUUUUGAGCGUGCCUGUUUCCCCGCCCGACCCUUCUUUCACUAACCAGAACUUCCACCACCUUAUAAGAGCCCUCUCCCAAACAAAGCCUAAAGCUGCCCUAGCUCAUUCUACUUACAUCACAAGAAUUCAGCAUUACAUAUCUUUGCCAUCCUCCGAUAAAGAUCUUGUCCAAAGAUUGAAAAAUCUUCGAUGGAUCGCCAUAGACGACAUCAAAACUAAAGAUACAACGUUACAACAUUCACCAUACAAUGGCUGCAGAGCAGAGGACUUGUAUUUGGUUCAAUACACUUCAGGUGCAACUGGGAUCCCAAAGCCGGUGCUUGUCACGGCAGGAUCAGCUGCACAUAACGUUAGGACAGCGAGAAAGGCCUAUGAUCUUCACCCGAACAGCGUGAUCGUGUCCUGGCUGCCGCAGUACCACGAUUGCGGCCUAAUGUUUCUGUUGCUAACAAUUGUGUCCGGAGCCACAUGUGUCUUGACAUCGCCCGGCGCAUUUGUUAACAGGCCACGGCUUUGGCUCGAGCUUAUUUCGAACUUCAACGCCACUUGCACUCCAGUUCCGUCGUUCACAUUGCCGCUCGUUGUCAAACGCGGAGGGGUUGACAAAGGAACUUCACCUAUAAAUCUAUGGAGUAUGAAAAAUCUUAUCAUUAUCAACGAGCCUAUUUACCGCGACGCGGUCGAGCAAUUUGUCGAUGUGUUUAAGCCUUAUGGAUUAAACCCGUCAUCAAUUUCUCCAUCAUAUGGCUUGGCAGAGAAUUGCACGUUUGUUUCAACUGCGUGGCGAUCAGACACGCCAUUGCCAUCCCACAACAAGCUCCUGCCGAGCGCAAGGCUCAACGAAAAUGACGACCAGUUGGAGGACAUGAACAUUGUGGUAGUAAACGAAGAGACACACGAGGCAGUCGAGGAUGGGAUCGAAGGAGAGAUUUGGGUUUCGUCUCCGAGCAAUGCGUCUGGUUACUUAGCCCACCCAAAUUUAACUCGUGAAGUUUAUUACGGAAGACUUAAGAACAAGUUGAGUCGGCCAUUUCUUCGAACUGGCGAUAGGGGUGUCGUGAAAGGAGAAGAUCGGUAUCUUUUCGUGAUGGGCCGAUGCGUAGACGUGAUCAGACUCCCAAACGACGACGUGGGGAUGGAAAUCCACCCUCAUUACGUAGAGACGGUGGCGUAUAACAGCAACCCGGGAUUUCUGAGAGGUGGGUGUUUGGCGGCGUUUGAGGUUUCGAACACCGUUGUGGUGGUUGCGGAGACGCAGAGGAUGGAGAAAAACAUUGGAGUUUUGAGGAAAAUAUGUGACGGAGUGAGAAACGGUGUGGUUAUGGAAGAGGGAGUGGAAGUUGGGACGGUGGUUCUGGUGAGAAGUGGGUGUGUGCCUAAAACGACGUCGGGUAAAAUACAGAGAUGGGCAGCUAAAGAUAAGCUGGUUGGCGGGAAAUUGGGAGUUUUGAUGGAGGUGAGGUUUGGGGAUUACGGUGGCUCUGUCUCAAGUUUGGGGGCUGAAGUUGGUGAGAGUGAGGGGAGAGGUGGCGAGAGAGGAGGAGGGGAAGGGUGGGGAAAAGUAGUGGUGGGUGAAGAGAGAGAAGAGAUCUUUCUUUCGUUCUCAUCAAAUGCUUCAAUUCGUCCCCCGUUGCAAUCUUUUCUGUGA